AUGAAUAAAUGUUGUAUAUGUAUUAGUGGUGAACCAGGUGUUGGUAAAUCGUCAAUUGUCCAACAAUUUGUAAAAAAUGAUUUUUCAACACAAUAUACACCAACUUUAGAGGAUUUUUAUAAUUAUGAGUUAAAUUUGGAUGAAGAAAAAUAUAAUUUGGAAAUAAUUGAUACUGCUGGUCAAGAAGAAUUUUGUGAUUUAAAAAAUAAUUAUAUAUUAAAUGGAAAUGCAUUUAUAAUAGUUUAUAGUAUUUGUUGUAAAGGUUCUUUUAAAGAAGUAAAAAAUAUAAUGGAUAAUAUAAUAAAUAUAAAAGAUUGUCAAAAUAUUCCAAUAAUAAUUGUUGGUAAUAAAAUUGAUAUUGACGAAAAAGAAAGAAAAGUCUCAACAUUGGAAGGUAAAAAUUUGGCCAAACAAUUAAAUUGUUUGUUUAUUGAAACAAGUGCAAAACAAAAUUUAAAUAUUUCAAAAAUUUUUACAACAUUGGUAAAAGAUUGGAAUGAAAAACAACAAAAUAUUAAAAAAUUCUCUAAAAAAAGUUCAUACUCAAUUAAAAACAUUAAUUGUUCAUCAACAGUAAAAAGUAAAGAAAAACAAAUAAUAAUUUCUGAUAUUAAUGCUUAUGAAAUUUCAUUUCAAAAUAAUAGUCUCAAAAAGUCAAAUAGCUCUGAUAAUUUUAAUCAUUCUUCUCAUAAAACAACAAUUAAAAUAAAACAAAAUAUCAGUGUGGAUUCAAUUCAAAAGAAUAAUGGAAAAAUUUCUAAACCAAAAUGCCCUGUCCAAUAA